AUCGCACAUUGCACAAACCCAAUGUCAAACUCAUAGCGCAAACAUUUUCCCCUUAACAAUGCAUCCCCAUCUCCACAACCAACAAUGUCCUUCAUCCCUCGAACCUCCUUCCCAUCCCUCCCCUCCCUUCCCCGCUCCUACUUCCUCGGCCACCACAAAGUGGGCCUCCAGAAAAUGAAAGCAAUACUUGGCACAAUAGACCUCGUGCUCGAAUGCCGCGACUAUCGCGUCCCGCUCACAUCCCGCAAUCCGUUAUUCGAGUCCGCCUUAGAGGGCAAGGAACGCAUUGUCGUGUACACGAAACGGGAUCUCGGAGGUCCGGAGAGGGAUGCUGAGAACGAGCGGAUAGUUAGGGAGUGGCAUGGUAGUGUGCCAGUUGUGUUUACGAGGGCGGGGACUGGGGCGGGGGAGAAGGAGAAAGAGAAGGAGCGGUUUGGUGCGGGGAAGAAGAGUAUAGCGAACUUGUUGGACAUGUUGAGGGAGCAUGCGAGGAAUCAGUGGAAAUUAAUUGGUCAUAGACUCCUGAUUGUGGGCAUGCCGAAUGUCGGCAAGAGUACAUUGUUAAAUGCGUUGCGUGCGCAUGGUACCGGGAAAGGAAAGGCAGCGCUGACGGGGAAUCAGCCUGGGGUUACGAGGAAGAUUGCUACGGGGGUCAAGAUUAUCCCUAGUGAAGAUGACGACGAGCUCCCAGGGAGUGGAGACGUGAGGAGCUCCGGGGGUGGGAAGUACAAAGGCGUCGGCGGUGGUGUGUAUCUCUUAGAUACGCCAGGUGUAUUCAUCCCCUACGUCCCGGAUGCAGAAGCUAUGCUUAAACUCUCCCUCUGCGGUAGCGUAAAAGACACAAUUAUCUCUCCCGUCCUGUUAGCAGACUACCUCCUUUACCAUAUCAACCUCAUCGACCCGUCGCUCUACGCCUCGUACUCUUUUCCCACGAACAACAUCAUGGACCUCUUGGAAAACAUUGCAGAGCAAACAGGCCGGCUGGGUAAGAAAGGGAAAUUCGAUACUGAGGCUGCAGCGUUGUGGAUGAUUCAGCGAUGGAGACAGGGGCUAUUGGGUAGAUUUUUACUGGAUGAAGUUAGCCCUGAGGCAUUGGAGGUGACGAAACAUAGUGAGGAGGGAUUGGGGCCGAGUUUAAGCCAGGCGAGGAAGAUAGAGAGAGAGAGGAGGCGGGAAAGGGGAAAGGCUAGGCGGAAGGGAGGUGUUUGA